CUCUCGUUGGCUUAUGACUGGCUAUCACAUAGUCAUAUAAACCGAAGUGCAGAGAUAUUCUAGUGUAGAAGACACCAGAGACUGCAGAAAUACAGCACAAAAUCACACUAUGCCGAACUACAAACUCACUUAUUUUAAUAUGAGAGGGAGAGCAGAAAUUAUUCGCUAUAUAUUUGCGUAUUUGGACAUAAAGUAUGAAGACUACAGAAUAGAACCAGCUGACUGGCCUGAUAUCAAAUCAACUCUUCCAUUUGGAAAAAUUCCUAUUUUAGAAGUUGACGGACUUACCCUUCACCAGAGUCUAGCAAUAGCAAGAUACUUGACCAAAAACACAGAUUUGGCUGGAAAAACAGAAUUGGAACAAUGUCAAGUUGAUGCUAUCGUGGACACAUUGGAUGACUUCAUGUCACAUUUUCCAUGGGCAGAGGAAAAACAAGAUGUGAAAGAUAAGAUAUUUAACAAGCUGCUCACACAUGAUGCACCUAUUCUUCUGCAAGAUUUGGACACAUAUUUAGGGGGAAAAGAGUGGUUUGUUGGUAACUCUGUAACUUGGGCCGAUUUCUACUGGGAUAUUUGCAGUACCACGCUUUUGGUUUUAAAACCUGACUUGCUGGACAUCCAUCCCAGGCUAGUGACUUUAAAAAACAAAGUCCAAGCAAUUCCUGCCAUCACUGACUGGAUACAACGGAGGCCCCAAACCAAACUCUAGAUGACGUACACUGCCUUCAAACUUCUUUGUUCUUUACAGCAUCACACCCAUCAGCUAAGACAGCUACACUAGCCUGCCACAUAGUUCACAUACUCCCCCAACAAGUUAUGUCAAGACUUUCGCUUUUGCCAUAAUCUGCUUUUAAAAAAAACAAAGAACAUUUAGUUUCCAGUGUCUUUUUCCGGAAUAGCUUUACUCAUUUACAAAUAAGGAAAAAUAGUUUACAAAACAGGCAGGCCUCGCUUUGCACUGGUUCCAACAUGCAUGAACUUCAGUUACCACUGGUUAGCACCAGUUCCCCAACAGCAUGGUUCAGAUUUCAGUUACCACAGUAUAUUGACUGUAAUUGCAUAACGUUCAAACUCUGCUGCCAGCUCUUCAGUCCACAAAUUACUAUGUGACUAUCAGACGCACAUCAUGACCAGAGACUAAUCAUGGCACUUGUCAAAGUCUGUCAGUGACUGGUAACUGACCAACUGUUACUCAUGCACAGACAGUAAAGCAUGCAGCUGUGUUGCCUCAUUGUUUCCCAGUAUUAAACCCAUUUAAUAUUUUACAAAAAAUGGAUAAUCGAAAGAGGAACUGCCAGCAAAGUUGAAAAUGCAACAGAGAAAUGAAAAGUGAUCAUGCAGAUGUGAAAUUCAAGUUGAACAUAAACUGAGUUAGAAAAGAAACAGCUGACUGUGGGAAUGCUGACACUGCAACCACUCAAGUUUCUAGAAAUACAGCCAGAGGAAUUGUGUGAAGGUGAACUCACCAACAUAAAUGAGGAAAGUGGUUGUGAACAAAAAAUGAAGAUAUUCCAGAGGAAGUGACACUUAAGAAAACUUCACAUUAAGGAACAGAGAUAUUUCACAACAGUGAGAGAACGAAGGAUAAAUGCUGAGAGCUAAUCCAAACUUAGAAAGAGUAUGACAAUUCACCAAAGCAUACAAAUAAGUUAUACAAGAAGUACUGUUCAAACUAUUUUUAAGAUUUAAAAGUGAAACAAAAAACCAACACUGUAAUUAUCAAUAUUUACAAUACUUUAAAUUACAAUGUACUAUGUAAGUUUUGAAAGGAGCCCUGGUGGCACAGUGGUUAAAGUGUUCAGCUGCUAACUGAAAGGUCAGGAGUUCGAAUCCACCAGCUGCUCCAAGCGAGAAAGAUGUGGCAGUCUGCUUACAUAAAGAUUUCAGCCUUGGAAACCCUAUGGGGCAGUUCUACUCUGUCCUAUAGGGUUGCUGUAAGUUGGAAUCAGACGGCAGCGGGUUUUUGAUUAUGUAAGUAUUAGCUUUGCUAGUUUUUCAUUUACUUAGACAUUUAUAACAAGCAGUAAGAAAGUUUAUAAUGCUUUGACAAAAUUUUUUUAAAGGUCAUGGAACAAUCAUAAAUUUUCCCAUGAUUGUUAAGAUCUCCUUGUAUAAUUUCAGAGUGUAGUCAUUUUUAUGGUCCCCUAUUACCACGAAAAGUGAGAACUGGCUGGAUAAAUACGUAAUUUAAAUAGAAAUCUCCCAUAUAACUAAACAUUCAGGCCUUCUUCCUCCCAAUAUUUUAAACAUAUAAUUAUAUGAUUGGAACAUCAAAUUUUGGGUUAAUUUAUGUUAUUAUUAAUACCGGAUUGUCUAAUCUCAGUAUGUCAUGUCAUUUUGGAAACGGACUAAUGAAAUAGAUGGCCCUCCACUUGAAAAGCAGUGCAGAGAAAGCAAAAUAGAGUUGAAAAGCCAAGAUGGAAUGUGGUGGAGGAAGAAAGAAAAGGGAAAAAAAGCCCAGCUAGACAUGAUCUUGCUCAGGUGCUUCUUUCCUUCCAAAAGUGUUAUAUGAAAUGGGAAAAAAUGUUAAAUAGUUUAUUAAUCACUAAGGAUUACACAUAAAAACAAAGUGUGUUUUCUAAGUACCUUGUUUGUUUAGAUUAAAUUUUCUUGCCAUAAGUGGUUAAUAAAUACAAGUUAUAAGUGAAUCUCAUCAUAAAGCACUCUAUCACAUCAGAGCCUUUCUAAAGAAAAAAAACUUUCACAAAUAAUACACUAGAUAAUGAAGGUAGCAACUUUUCCUCCCUAUCAUACAUGGUCAUUUCCCUCUACAUAAUUACAUACUGACAAGCUUUAAUGAAAAUAAAAAUUACUAAAAGUGAUAAAUAUAAUGCUUAUUCAAAAUUAUGAAAAUUCAAAAUGAAAUAAUCAGGCCCACUCAUUUACGUAAAUCAUAAUCAAAGUGUAAAAUGCAACAGGUUUCAUAAGGAAAUACUUCAUUUCAAUCACAGCAUCAACCCAAACCAAAAAAACUAAACCCACUUCUGUCGAUUCCAACUCAUAGUGACUCUAUGGGACAGAGUAGAACUGCCCCAUAGGGUUUCCAAGA